UCACAGGUACAACAACUAUACUGAAAAGACCCGAGUGGCUCAUAAGUACCAUGAAGCUUGGGAUCGUGUGUGGGAACCACCACACCACAAACUUCGAUGAGACCACCGUCAUCCCGGCGGAAUCGAGGGAGUGCGAGGAGCUUGGAUCAGAUGGCGACUGCGCGGCACACAGCCCUCUCACCGGCAAAUCUAAGCCAUACAUGCGCAGACCCAAACCACCCUUCUCGUACAUCGCCCUCAUCGCGAUGGCCAUCCGGGACUCGCCAUGCGGACGCCUUACUUUGGCAGAAAUCAACGAGUAUCUCAUGAACAAGUUCCCUUUUUUCCGCGGCAGCUACACUGGCUGGAGGAACUCUGUGCGCCACAACUUGUCGCUCAACGACUGCUUCCACAAAGUACUUCGGGACCCUUCCCGUCCGUGGGGGAAGGACAACUUCUGGAUGCUCAAUCCGCACAGCGAGUACACGUUCGCGGACGGGGUGUUCAGGCGUCGGCGAAAGCGCAUCAGCAUCCGGCCCAGCAAACAGCAGGAGCGGGAGAUAGAGGACGAGGAGGAGAGAAGCUCCGAAGACGCGCCGCCGAAAAAGUUCUCAAGUUCCUUCACUAUAGACAGCAUCCUCAGCAAGCCAUUCAGACGGGACUCCGAUCUCGUGGAUCACUAUGGGGUCGUAAUGACGCCGUAUCUAACUCCACCUGCCUCUUCGCUGUAUGUUCACCCGAGCAGCCUCAUCAAAUUUGGAGAUGCGCAUGCGCACAACUGCGGACUUCUCUUACCAACUUUGUGACCUGUUCGUGCCUUCAAGUCAAUUAUUUUCGACCAUGCCCAGCACCUUUUACAGGGUGUACGCCACAAAACAAUGAUAGAAGUCAUGAUAAUCUUGCCUCAACCUAUGCACACAUUUAUUUAUUUAGUGUAUAUGGCCUUUUAGUGGAACAAAGAAGUUAUUCUGUUAUGAAUGGAAUCAGUGGAUCUUGUCACUAUUUUGUAGUUUUUGGUGUCCCCUAGACCCAGUUUUGUUGUUGUUUUGUUCGAUCAUUGUUGGUUAAAUUUUAUUGCUUUUUAUGUCUUUAUAAAUAAAUAUAUUAAUUAAAAAAGACGUCAUGAGUGUGCUGUAAGUGAUUUAUAGGCCUUCUGAGGUUUCAACUACUGUAUGCGAAGUGGGAUUGAUUUUAUUUCAUUUUAUAUUUUAGUGGUUCUGAUUGGGCUUUUUGAGGAUUCAGUGAACGCAAACUGAUUCCAAAAGGAUUACAUCGAAAACCUGUUAAAUUAGCCUGAAAUACGAUGGGUUGAAUUAAGAAAAAAAUACAAAAUUAAAAAAAAAAAAAAAAAAAAGAUUUACAUCUGUGUGGGCUGCAAAUGAUUUAUCUGUAAGCGCUGUUUGGUUUCAGGGCAUUAUAAUGUGUGUUUAAUCCCUUUAGUAUAAUGGCGUUGUUUGUUUGUUUCCAUGACAGUGUUGUGUAACUUCGAAUAAAAUGUACUAAGUGCUACUUGUAAUAACUUUUAAUUAUAAGGUGCAUCCACAACAACAAUACAGUAUUAACAUUACUUCAUUUUAUUUCUAUUCUUUGCAUGUGUUUUUUCCCCAUGAGUCCUUGAAAGGAAGUUUGCAUACAAAUUGUUAGGUGUGGUGAUAUUGACAAUCACAUGAUCUGUGUAUGGAAGGCCUAGAUCUUUUUGCAAAGGCAACAAAAGGAAACAA